AUGCCUCCCUCGACUUUCUACUCUUCCACACCCCCUGUGAUCACCCCGGCCUCUCGCGAGGGUGAUCCCAACUACAAAGCCCCGACCUUCCCCAUUGGGCCCUUCGUCAAGCACGCAGGCAACCCGCUCCUGGUCCCGAACCCGGACAAUGACUUCGAGUCAGCCUACAUCUACAACGCGGCCGCCAUCGUCCUAGACGACACCGUGUUCCUGCUCUACCGCGCGCAGAACGCGGCCCUGCUGUCGAGCAUCGGCCUCGCCUGGUCCGCCGACGGCUUCUCCUUCACCCGUCUCGACCGCCCCGUGCUCGAGGCCACCGAGCCCUGGGAGGCCGGCGGCGGCGUCGAGGACCCCCGGAUCCACCGGUUCGACGGCGUCUUCUACAUGACCUACACGGCGUGGGACCUCGACACGCCGCGCCUGUGCCUCGCCACCUCGACGGACCUCGUGCGCUGGGAGAAGCGCCCGCCGCUGUUCCCGGACUUUGUCGACGUGCGGCUGACGGUGCAGGGCCGGACGCAGAUGCGCCGGGGCCACACCAAGGCCGGCGCCAUCUUCCCGCAGCGGGACGGCCGCGGCAAGUACGUCAUGCUCUUCGGCGACGCGUUCAUGCACCGCGCCGAGAGCGACGACCUGCUGCACUGGGAGGCCCAGCCGUUCAACGAGUACUUUGCGGCGCCGGCGCUGCCGUGGGAGGACCGGCUGCUGGAGCCCGGUCCCGCUCCUGUCCAGACGGCGGACGGGAAGUGGAUCCUCGUGUACAACGGUGCGACGGUCGGGUGCCCCGGGUAUCGGAACAACCAGUACUCGAUCAGCCAGAUGCUCGUCGACUUUGAUCGUCUCGAGGACGGACCGCUGGCUCGUCUGGAUCGGCCGUCGGUGGUGGUGUCGGAGAAGAAUGAGAGAGUGGGGUUGGUGAAUGAGGUAGUCUUCACUGAGGGCAUGGUGCAGUUCCGGGGCCGCUGGUUCCUGUAUUACGGGCAGGCGGACAGUGAGCUGGGAGUAGCCACGGCCGUUGUGAGUUAG